GGUCGGUGGAACCGCACGCGUCCACGUGAGACGUGAGUCACGUGUGUGAAUCAGUGGAGUACCUUGCCUGCAGGCAGAGCAAGACUUCGGCGCGUUUACUUAAUCGAUGACAUAACGAUCGCGGUGGCGGCGUCGUGUCGUUCCCGCGCAUUGUUCGGGGCCCGGCUUGGGUUCAAUUCGAAACGUGGAGGCGCACCUGCGACGGCCGCUGCGGACAGUUCGUCUUUCGACGUUUAUCCGGAGGAGGAUCCGCGGGGGAGACUCGAGUUCACGGCGAUAACGAAUCCUCCACACCGUGCGUAUCGAUCGCGUCGAUCGAGUCCAACGAUAAGAGACAAUGGCAGGUCGAAAGCGACGGAGUGACAUCGAUCGGCUCUCCGAGUUGAUGAGAAGCCAGCAGAAAUCCUUGCAAUGCACCAUUUGCCUGGAGCUUAUGACGGAUCCUAGCAAGACACGAUGCGGCCACUCGUUUUGCAGGUGCUGCAUAGGAAAGGUCCUGCAGAGCAAGGACGCGCAUUGCCCACUGUGUAAGAAGAGCCUCAACAGACGCAACAUUUCCAGGGACGAUGAUAUGCAGAUCUACAUCGAGAAGUUCAAUAAACUUGUCACCGCCAUCGAGAUGGACACUCACAUCGACAUACUGUGGCACUCGAAGCGACCGCGCGAUACGAAGGAAAGCUCCUCUUAUCCGAACGCUGGACAAUCCAGCCAAGAAGGCAAUAAAGAAAAGCCGUCUGAGAAAGAGAGGUCUGCCUGCCGAUUGCGUCAAAACGCGAACAGACAAACGCGAAUCGACAGACCGUCGACAAGCCGAGUAACAAGGAUUGAAUACAACAAGAGUGACGAGGAUUCGGACGUCUCGAUCGGCACGUUCAAUCCGCCGUUCGAAUCGACCGUGUCGCUCGAGAAGACUGAAACUUUAUCGAGCCUCUCCCGUGCACUUCCCGACGACGAUGAGACUCGCGUUACAUCGGAUAUCAAAAUUCGCACGUGGCUACACUCGGUACCCGACAAGUCGGACAGCGACACUUUGAUGACCGACGAGGAAAACGAAGCGCCGUCGAUCGGAGACAGAGCUAAGCCGACGAAUCCAAUAUCCGUCGACGACGCUGGUAAAUCAAACGAGAUCGGCGAGGUGUAUCGCGACAGAAGGAUCGACGCAGCAAGUCGCAGGCCGAGGCGAGAUAGAAAACCGAGCGCAGAUUGCCCGGAGCGCGUCGACGACGAGGACGCCACGUCGUCCCAGGUGAAUAAAGGGGCGAGGCAGAUUGGCGAGGUAAUAGAGAUCGAUUCCGACGAAGAAAAGAGAAAAUGGAAAUACAAGUCGCACGCCAGAAUACCCGCGAUGGAGAGCCGUGAGAAGAAUGCGAGAUCACGGUCGGUUAUUGACUUGAAGGCGGUCAAUCAAAGUGGCUCGUCAUCGAGCGCAGCGCACGGUCAGGAGCAUCGAGCUGCGACGUCUACGUCGUGUUCGGAUAGAGCGAGCACAUCCGCGAUCACCGAGCAGGCCACCGCGGACUGGUCCCGCGUGAUCGAGUUUGGGAAGGAGAUGAAACGCGCGAGAAAGAGAAAGGUGAAGAAGCUGAACGUGAGCGUCGAGAAAACCAAGAUCUCGCCGCGGAUAGUCGAGAACAUUGUGCUGGUGCCGGGUAGCAGAUACGAUUCGGCUGGAAUUGUAAGCUGCAAUAAAAAAAGCGAAAAUGUGGCGAAUCUGUCUAAUCGGCCGGGGUCGGACGGCCGGGACGCGAUCGAUGAGAGCCUGGAUUUAUCGGACGCCGCAAAGGCGGAAGCGUCGAGCGAGACGAACAUUCGGAUGGAAUUUGUUGACGAGGAUAAGGACGAAAGUUCGAAAUCCUGUCCUAUGAUGAGCACGUCGUAUGUCACGCUAGAGGAAGGCAGGCAGAUACGGAUAAUAAAUCUGAAUAACGAGCAGGUGAACAAAAUUCUCGGCCUCGAGAGCGCCGCGGAGGAUUCUCAAAACCGACGUUGCCACGAGGACAACGCCGCUGAUCACCGUGAUUCACCGCUGUCGCGACAAAAAAGAUUAAGCGUACUGACGCCGGAGAAGCUCAACGAGUCUGUACACGAGCGCGAAGUAAUCCGUGACGUCUCUUCGCAAACUUCCGUCGGCAACUUUGGAAGUUCGUCCCGCCUGUCGGCCGAAAAACGCCCGACUCCCGGACCUCGAGAGGCCAGUAAUGUUCGCGGGACAUCGAGUGGAGCCGCUUCUUCUCCAUUACAAUUUUCGACACCGGGCCAAUCUAGAUUAUCCUUGAGAAGAAAGCUGGAGAUUGGCAGCGGUGCGGCUUCGCCGCGAUUAAGCGACCUUCCGCUGUCGACCAGAUUAUCGAUCGCCAAACACGAGGAGCGCAGGAGCGUCGACUCGCCAGUACUGAAGGACGACGAGCGGUUUGAACGAUUGAAAGCUGUGAGACGUGACUUGAAGUUCAAGAUAACCCACGAAGAUCAACAGCGGACUUGCCGGGAUGCGGUACCCGCCAGUGCAUCAAAAAGCGUAAUCGAAGCCGAAGAUAACGACCGAAACGUUUCCGGAAUCGACCGUCAGGACAGCGAGCCCGGUCGCGAUCUCACUGGCGAGACUUCCACGGUGCCGCCGAAGAAGUCCCCACCGACGAGAUCGGAAAGUGUCGCGGGUCGGGAACGUCUCAUGAAAAUUAUACGACUGGGUUCGCUAAUCAGGGAGCACCUCCCCAGUGUCAGAUAUAUUUACUUGGGCACGACCAACCGCGAAUCGUCGAUACCAGCGAAAGUUGAAAUCUCCACGGUGUACAAUAUAUUGCAAUCGACUGGCGUGUCCGAGGUACGUGUAGCAACGUCCGAUCCGUUGAAUGAUUCGCAGGACUCGUGCAACAUCGUGGUGGAGAAUACUUGUUUCGCGAGUGAGACGGCGUCGAGAGGGACGGCUUCGAAAGAAUUUCCCGCGGCACUGCCGAUUCGUGGAGCCUCAGCGACUUCGACGCCGCGAAAAGAUGUCGAUUCUCAUUUAAGCCUGCAGAGCAAGAACGCGACGACUGUACGCUUUUUGACGGACGCGAGUCAACGAACGGAUAAGUCUCGGAUCGUCGAGAACGUCGCGUCUGAGAGAGGCGCGCGAUCUCUUCCUGGUGCAUCGUCACGCGCGGACAAGAGCGCGAUUCACGGGUCGACGAUCUCGCACACUCAUCCAGGAACGUCAAAUUCUAUUAAACUGCUGUCGCCGGACAAAGAUUCGCAGCUGAAGUUUUUGCAGAUAGACUCCCCCUCGGUGAGCGAGCGCGAGCAGCUGAGACACGCGAGCUCGAUUAAGUCCGUUAUCAAAGGAAACAACUUUCCCGAGAUAAAAAGUUCACGCCUCGCAGCGUCUACGGUGGGCAAGGCGCGGGAGCCUUCCGUCAAGAGCUCCGGUAAGAAUAGGAAAAGAAUGAGGUCCGCCGGUGACAGAGAGCUAUUCGAGGACAGGUCCAGCGAUGGAAACGAGAAUUCCAGCGACUUGGCUAGUGACAGCAGUCGAUCUACGAUAAAAUUUGGCAGAUACAAGGAAUUAUUGUCCAAGAGCGCGAGUUGGAGUCGUCUGGACGCGAAUAAGAAACGUCGUUUGAGUUCCCCGGACGAUCGGGAUGUCGAGGUAAUUCCGUCGACUUCUAAAAAACCGGAUGCACCCGAGAGAAAACUCGAGACGUCUAACUCGGACACGAAAUCGAAGCCGGCGACGCACAUUACGAAAUCAUUGGAGAGGCACAUCGACCAUCGAUGUGGCCAGAUGCAACACCCACCGAUUACGGACAAUUUGGAGAGCGACCGUCAAUGUGACCGGAUGCAACGGAAAGCAUCGAUUACGGACGCGGCUGCGAAAGAGGAUCCGGCGGAGCGGCGGAGUGACCAUCAAUGCGCCCGGAUGCAACGAAACGCAUCGAUUACGGACGCGGCUGCGAAACAAGGUCCGGCGGAGCGGGACUCGGAGGACCGUCAUAUUUGGAAUAUAAUCGACAGAUGGACCAACGAGCACAAUGCGACGGCGCAAAAAAGGUCGACGCAGGAGGGCAAAAACAGCCAGAGUAGCGUCAAAUCAAUGAGGAGCGCGCCCGAAGAAAGCUCGGCGAGCCAUCAAUCGUCCCAUUCGCGUAAUGCACCGUCCGAGAUGGAGAAGCGCAAGAACUCAAAGUCAAGCCAGAAGAGUUCCGCGCGAGACCCGGAUAUGUUUGAGAGCAGCAGCUUCUUCGAUUCGGAAAAUGUCGACUAUAUACUGCGGCAAUCGACGACGAGGCCGAAGGAGGAUACGUCGAAGAGAAUCGAGGACUCCACAAACGACGACAUCAUAAACAGGGUGCUGGAGAUCGAUCGAUCGCGGGGCAAUACCGACGCAUGUCGACCGCCGCCGGAUUCUGUUCCGCGGAACAACAUUACGAGUCAAAGAGAAAAGGACAACGGGGAGCACUUGUUACAGGACAAUUUCGACGAGAUCAUCGCCAGCGUCGAGCAGCCACAAAGCGAGGAUUUCAUACCUUGCACCGAGCAGCCGGAUCGCAAUCCCAAUCGCCCGUCGGCGAAACAGAAAACGUCGAACUGUCUCGCGAUGGCAGAUGAAUCGUGCGGCGUUAUGCAGGAGGAAACUCCGAUCGUACCCCCGUCAUCGACGAACGAUAUGUUCGAGCACUAUUCGCCUAGGAACAUUACGAAACUGCCUCACGAGACAACGAACGCCACCGCAAGAUCUCAAGAUUCAUUCAUUUCGAGAAGUUCUGACAAAGAGAACGUUGCCUGCAGUCAGAAGAGACACGGUCACGCGGGUGACCAAAGAGACGGAAAGGACGCAGCGGCAAACGUCGAUGCGAUUGACAAAGACUCCCGUAAGAGAGUCGUAUCGAGGCAUAAUGUAUCGCGAGAGAAAGAAAAAACGUCGUUCGAAGAACGUAAUACUUUGAUACAAUCGGCGGGUCGGCUUCGCGUCGACGACGCGGACGGUGAGACGCAGAGAGCAACAGCUGCUGGCAACGAAUCAAAUCCCAAGGAUGAUACCUUCGAGCAUGAUUCGCUCAUGAACAUUACGCAGCAUCAAAUGCAGCUGCAAAUGUUUGAGGAGGAUCUGUUCAGUGUUGCGGUCCAGAAUCGAACGAAAACGAAAAUGAUCUCGCAGGAUGACUCGUUCCGAAAGGAGCAAAGUACUCCAGGAAAGAGAAAGCAGAAUAAUCAAGAUAAAAAUACGGAAUCAGAGGAACGCUCCGCCGACGAGGACGACGUUGUGGAGAACACUCCUGAGAGAAAGAGGAGGAACAGCGGAAACACCGUCAAGACGAACGAGUCGAGAGAAAGUACGAAGAUACCGUUCUUAUCGCCGAUCUCGAGGAUCAGCGACCGGACACCGAGGAGCGCGUGCCAGAUCGUUCAUCCCUUCGUGAGGAGUGACGCGAGCACGCCUUCGUUCGCCAUGCGUCCGCAUAGCACGCCGAUAACGCACAAUCCCGUCGUGGUGCUCAGUCAUGCUGACGUAUUGAGGGCGAGCAAGAGGAGCGAGCUUGCGGAAAACAGCAGUGGUGUCUUAUUGGCGAAGCAGGUGGACGCGAAGACGCUGGAGAACGUACGCCGGCCGCCGGACAGGCGGAACCUGCGCUUCGUGUGCAGCGGCCUGACCGCGGCCCAGAUCGCCACCGUGAAAGAAUUCGCGGCGAAGCACAACGCGAAUUACGUGAAUCAAUUCGAUCGCGACGUGACGCACGUGAUCGUGAAGACCGCCGGCGAGCAGAACGCGGCGAAGAGCACGUUGAAGUACCUGCAGGGUAUCGCCCAUCGCAAGUGGAUAGUCAGCUACAGAUGGAUCGAGGACUGUGGCAGGCAGCAGCGGCUGCUGGACGAGCUUCCUUACGAGGCCACCUCGCAGAAUGACGUCGGCACCAACGGCGCCGGACCUCGUAAUUCGAGACUACGCGACAAGGGUCUCUUUGAGGGCUUCACGUUUCUAUGCGUCGGACCGUACGACAACGUUUCGCCGAGCCAGUACCAGGACUUGUUACUCGCCACCGGAGCCUCGGUAGUCGAUUCCUUCGACGUCCUCGCUAAGAUGGGAGGCAUAAAAGGCAUCGUGAUCCAAGACAAAACUCACGACGACAAAGCAAUCAAACAUUGGUAUCGAACUGCCAAGGCGGCGCCCAUUCUUGUGGAUUGGAUCGUAGAGUGUAUCGGCCACUACAAAUUAUUUAAGCUCACACCUUACAUCAUACAUCUCUCGCCGCAGGAUUUUUGUGCCAUCGGCUAUCCACAAGAGCUCGUGGAAGAAGAUGAGGAGUACAGCGAUGACGAAUAGAGAGAGCGAGAGAGAGAGAGAGGGGGAGAGAAAAGUAAGAGAAUAUAUAUAUAUUUUUUGUUAUUUGUUAAUAAUCCGUAUUCCAUUCAGUACUUUCCAAUAACAUAACGAAACGAUUGCAAUAAUAAUCUAACUUACUGUAUACGCUGUAUAUUUACUGUAUUACAUAUACACAUGUAAAUUCAAUUCUUGUUAUAUUCGAUAUCUCAUAUAAUAUUACCUGUUGUAUAUGAAUUUAAUUGUUUCUACUUUUGUAUACAGUAUAUAUAUAUGAACAAUCGUUACUAAAUAAUUGUAAUUUAUUUUUUCUUUUCUAAUAAACUUGUAUUCUUACGUA